CAUUCAAACAUGAACUACUUAUCAUCUUUUCUUCACAAUGCCAUCUUUUUCCUAUCUUUUUACACUUUGAUUUCACCAUCAUUUGCUUCAUCAAAUGACAUUGUGUCACUCCUGGCAUUCAAAUCCAAAGCUGAUCUUCAUAACAACAAGCUCACUACUUAUUCAUAUACCAACACUUCCACAUUAUGCAAAUGGCAAGGAGUACAACAAUGCAACAAAAAUGGCAAAAUAAUUCGACUCGUUCUCGAGAAUUUAAACCUUUCGGGCUUUUUUGCACCUAAUACAUUGGCCCGGUUGGACCAGUUGAGAGUUUUGAGUCUACGUAAUAACUCACUUAAUGGCCCAAUUCCUGAUCUUACUGGAUUUGUUAAUAUUAAAGCAUUGUUUCUUGAUCAAAAUCACUUCACUGGUGUUAUUCCUUUGUCUAUUUCGUCUCUUCAUAGACUAAGAACUCUAGAUUUGUCUUUUAACAAAUUAUCGGGUGGGAUUCCGUUUGGGUUAAGUAAGUUGGAUAGAUUGAACUACAUUCGUCUUGAUUCGAAUCGUUUAAAUGGCACGAUUCCGCCUUUUAAUCAAUCAAGUCUUGAAGUGUUUAAUGUUUCUGUAAAUUUUUUAAGUGGAAAUGUCCCGGGUACCCGGGCUCUGGGUAAAUUUAGGCCAGGGUUAUUUGAAAAUAACCCAGGCCUUUGUGGUGAGAUAAUUCAUAUAAAAUGUGGACCACAUUUUAGUCAAAAUUCGACGGAAAAACAUGAGUCAUCAUUAGCGGAUACACAACAAAUGAAAGGCAUAACGAAUUCGGAUUCUAAUAAGAAAAAGCGGAUAGGAGUGAUAGUCGGGUUUGCAUUGGUUUUGUUUUUGGUAAUUGGAUUGGCUUUAUGUGUAAUGAUGUUGGUUAAGAAAUCCGAGAAAAAGAAGAAAAGAAAGGGCGUUAAUGAGAUGAUGGAAAUGGCAGAGGCCGCAGAUGCUGCGGCCGAAGUGAUGAGGAUGGAAGAGGCGAAUGAGUUGGAAAAAAAGGUGAGGAAAUUACAUCAAGGGAUAGCAGAGAAAAAAAGUGGUCUUCUUGUGUUUUGUCCCGGGGAAUCACAGGUGUAUACGGUGGAGCAAUUGAUGAGGGCGUCCGCGGAGUUGUUAGGGAGUGGAACAAUGGGGACGACCUACAAGGCGCUCGUGGAUGGCCGAGUGAUCGUGUGCGUCAAGAGGCUUGACGCCACGAAAUUAGGGGGCAUGACGAAUGAGGCAUUUGAGAGACACAUGGAGGUUGUUGGUACUCUGCGACACCCUAAUGUGGUGGCGCUUGAAGCUUAUUUUCAUAUGAAAGAAGAAAAGCUUCUUGUUUACGAGUACCAACAAAAUGGUAGUCUGUUUUCACUCAUUCACGGUUCGAAAUCGACUAGGGCAAGACCAUUACAUUGGACAUCAUGCCUUAAAAUAGCGGAAGACGUUGCACAAGGACUCUCGUACCUCCAUCAAACGCACAACCUCGUCCAUGGCAAUCUUAAAUCUUCCAAUGUCCUCUUAGGGACCGAUUUUGAAGCCUUGAUCACCGACUAUUCCUUAUCCGCCUUGUUCCCAAGUCAUGACACCAAUCGCGAUUUCUCUGCCUACAAGGCCCCAGAAAUUGAACCACACAACGAACCAACCACCAAGUCAGAUGUCUACUCAUUUGGAAUACUAUUACUCGAGCUACUAACAGGGAAGGCGGUUUCGGAUCACCAAGAAAUGUCACCGGAUGAUGUGGUCAAGUGGGUGAAAUUGAGUAGGGAAAAUGAUGGUGGUGGGAUAGAGGAGAAAAGGUUAGAAAUGAUGACUGAGGUUGCUAUAGCAUGUAAUGUAAGUUCAUCAGAAAUGAGACCCACCAUGUGGCAAGUAAUAAAAAUGUUACAAGAGAUUAAAGAAGCUGCUGUAAUGGAGGAUUGUGGAUUGGAUCCAUGAGAAUUGGCCGGGGACCAUUAUAUUCUUAGUACACGAGAAAAGCUAUGAGUGGCAAGCUUCUUAAUUUGUGUUUUAUGUUGUUUGUUUAAGGGAGGGGACUAGUCAAAUCUGUUUAAAUAGAUGGCAACUUGUUGCAACUUAACAGAAAUUAUAGUUGCAUUUACCACUUAGGUAUUUGUUCUUGUUAUAUAAGUUAUAAAUUAUAGA